AGCAACUGCGUCGCGGCCCUGAAAAUUGAGCGCCUCGCUCACGUGAAAUUUCCGCGGCUCCCACAGGCGGAUUUCCAGAGCAAGUCGGACAACAUUCUAACCGUCAUGCAAUGCGUUUUGAAAGGCGGUGGUCAAAACUGCGCAGGCCUAGCUCAUCUCAAACAAGCCUGAUAUGUCUUGCGCCCUCCUACAUCCCACAGUCCGAUGCCUCUUCGAGAACUGCGUGAACAAAAGAGUAACGUGGCAAGAAUUUAAAGGGAAACAAAUACAUAUUGUAGCUGUAACGUUGGCGUAUGUAAAGAUUACACUAUUAACGUAAAUAGCUGGCUAACUGUCUUGUUUGCGUAAUGGUGCCGGAUAGUGGUGCAAUUCGUCACCUUAAAUAAUAAAAGUACAAUCGAUGAACGGGACUGAUGACGACACAAAUAAAGAUCUUGGAUGCUCCGACAUUCCAUUUACAGGGCACGACAAAUAUUGCUCAUAGUCCCAUUGAGAAAGCAGUGUGGGAAUAAACCUUACUGGCGAACUCCUGAAACUUUUCACUUCUACCUGUGCACACGGUUGUUUUCGCUUAAUCACAUUGGUGGCAUACUCUUCAAACCUGGGCACACUUAUCAGUUCACCCAGGCACCUCAACUCUUCAGCUUCUCCAUUAGACGUUUCCGAGCCUCCUUGUCCCAGUUCAGCAGCGAUUGGACAGGAAUGGCAGAGCAGAGGUACUGUGUGGAGUACGCCAAGCGCGGCACGGCUGGCUGCAAGAAGUGCAAAGACAAGAUCAUGAAAGGGUUGGUGCGUAUAGGUAAGAUUGUGCCAAACCCCUUCAGUGAGUCGGCGGGUGAGAUGAAGGAAUGGUACCACGUGAAAUGCGUAUUCGAGAAGCUUGAGCGUGCGCGGGCAACUACGAAAAAAAUCGAAGAUAUCACGGACCUGGAGGGCUGGGAGGAACUGCAGGAUGAGGACAAAGAACUGAUCAAUAAACACGUGGGAGAUUUGGCUGCGAAGACAAACGCCAGCCCAAAGAAGAAAGUUCAAGCGAAGCUGAACAACAGCGGAGGAAUAACAUCACCCCUUGCUGAUCCAUCUGUUAAUGCCCCCAGGAAAUUCUCUGGCUUCACUGCUACCAAAGCAGGGACCAGCCCAGGCCCCUCUCCUGCCAAAACCAGUCAAGGGAGCACACUGUCGGCCCAGAUGUGUGACCCCACGCAUAAGGACUGCUUGCUCAGGGAGUUCCGUAAGCUGUGUGCCAUGGUGGCAGAAAAGCCCAGUUACAAUGUAAAGACCCAGAUCAUCCAAGACUUCCUGAGGAAAGGCUGUGGUGGGGAUAAGUUCAGGGGAGACCUAUACCUGACCGUGAAGCUGCUUCUCCCAGGAGUGGUCAAGAGUGUGUACAACCUGAACGACAAGCAAAUUGUCAAGCUUUUCAGUCGUAUCUUCAACUGCAACCAGGAGGAAAUGGUGCGGGACCUGGAGCAGGGAGACGUCUCUGAAACAGUCCGGAUCUUUUUUGAGGACAGCAAGUCGUUUCCCCCAGCGGCAAAAAGUAUCCUGACCCUCCAGGAAGUUGAUGCCUCCCUGGUUCGUCUGGCCCAGCUCACCAAAGAAGAUGAUCAACAGAAAGAGUUGGAGACCAUAUCUAAACGAUGUACAGGAAAUGACCUCAAAUGUAUCAUAAGACUCGUCAAACACGACCUGAAGAUGAACUCCGGAGCUAAGCAUGUCUUGGAUGCUGUGGACCCAAAUGCCUAUGAUGCAUUCAAGGCCUCUCGUAACCUGGGAGAUGUGAUUGAUAGGGUGCUGCGAAACCAAAUGGAAUCAUCCAAUGGCUCCGGUCCCAGAAAGAUCCUGAGUGUGGAGGCCACCCUGAUGACACCUGUGCAGCCCAUGCUGGCGGAGGCAUGUAAAUCCGUCGACUACGCCAUGAAGAAAUGCCCCAAUGGAAUGUACUCUGAGAUAAAGUAUGAUGGGGAGCGUGUGCAGGUCCACAAGAAUGGAGAUCACUUCAGCUACUUCAGUCGCAGUCUUAAGCCUGUACUUCCGCACAAGGUGGCCCAUUUCAAAGAGUUCAUCCCGCAGGCGUUUGCAGGGGGUCAUAGCAUGAUUCUAGAUGCAGAGGUGCUUCUUAUUGACACGAACACCAGCAAGCCCCUGCCCUUUGGGACCCUGGGAGUCCACAAGAAAGCAGCUUUCCAAGAUGCCAAAGUGUGCCUGUUUGUCUUCGACUGUAUAUAUUUCAACGGUGUGACCCUGAUGGACAAGCCCCUGCAUGAGCGAAGAAAGUUUCUUCAGGAUAACAUGGUGGAGGUUCCCAACAGAAUUCUGUUUUCCGAGAUGAAGCAUGUCACUAGAGCUGCAGACCUGGCUGAGAUGAUCACUCGAGUUAUCAGAGAGGGCCUGGAGGGGCUGGUUUUGAAGGAUAUCAAGGGCACGUAUGAGCCAGGGAAGCGCCACUGGUUGAAGGUAAAGAAGGACUAUCUGAAUGAAGGGGCCAUGGCUGACACUGCUGACUUGGUGGUUCUAGGCGCCUUCUACGGCAAAGGCUCAAACGGGGGUAUAAUGUCCAGUUUCUUGAUGGGCUGCUAUGACCCGGAUUCUAAGAAGUGGUGCACAGUGACCAAGUGUUCUGGAGGGUAUGAUGACGCCACUCUGGCCAGACUACAGAAUGAGCUGGACAUGAUCAAGAUAAGCAAGGAUUUAAGCAAAAUCCCGAGCUGGUUGAACAUAAUCAAGAACUACUAUCCAGAUUUCAUUAUCCGAGAUCCUGAAAAAGCCCCGGUGUGGGAGAUCACAGGGGCGGAGUUCUCCAAAUCCGAAAUGCACACGGCUGAUGGCAUUUCCAUCCGCUUCCCUCGCUGCACCCGUAUCCGUGACGACAAGGACUGGAAAAGUGCCACGAACCUGAUCCAGCUCAAAGAACUCUACAGAGUUUCAAAGGAAAGGUGUGAUUUUGAGAUCACAGGAGGAUCUUCAAAGGGCAGCAAUGACAAGAGCUCCUCUGGGGGAGAUAGCGGAGGAAACUCUCCCUCCACCUCCCAGGCAGCAGCCAUGCCCAGCAAGGCUGGACGUGGCAGUGCUCCCAAAGCAAAGUCAGUGAAAAAAGAGACCCCCUCCCCAGUCCCUGCAGCCAAGAGGAAACCUCCUCCUGAGGAACACAGUGCACGGAAGAUGAGAAAGACAGAAACCAUACACAGCAAUGGGCAAAGCAAACCGAAGACUGCCCCUUCCCAAUCAGCAGAAAGCAAAAAGGAAAAGACCUUACUGGACAUCUUCAGUGGGGUGAAGCUGUUCCUGCCAGAGUCCGUACAAGACUAUGUGAAACUGCGGCGGUAUUUUGUGGCCUAUGACGGCGACCUGGUCCCAGAGUAUGAUGCUGCCUCAGCAACCCACACGCUGUCCAUGCCUGAGGAAGACAGCCAGGCACAGAGAGUCACUGCCAACUGGAUCUGGGAGUGCAUCCGGAAACGAAGAGUGGUUCCACCUUGUUGACUGCUUCUCCCCCAGCAAUGAGAACCCUAGGGGACAGGAACACAACCACGUGUACAACACAAACACAGCUGACUAGUUUCACAUGUGAAAAUUGAGAAUUAUAAACCUGUAGUCAUCUAUACCGUGAGGCAGUUUGAGAUUGAAGUAGAUAAGUACCAGUGUACGUAAACCGCUCGAGGGGGGGUAGAUGGUAAAUGGUAAAUGGCUGGCAUUUAUAUAACACCUUUAUCCAAAGCGCUGUACAAUUGAUGCUUCUCAUUCACCCAUUCCCCCAUACACUCACACACCAAUACCAUGCAAAGUACCAACCAGCUCAGAGCAUUUGGGGGUUUGGUUAGGUCUUCCUCAGGCAUAGUUCAACACACCCAGGCUGGGAUUGAACUGGCAACCCUCGGACUGCCAGGCAACUGCUCUUAACCACGUGAGCCAAUGUGCCCCCCUUGAUGGAAUUGGGUGAAGGUUUGUGAUUCAGGAGUGUCCCCGCUUUGUAAAAUGAAAAGAUAUGUUGCUGGCAAGCUAACGUCAUAUUUUCAAAUUACAUUUAAAGUAUAAUUAACUUUGUUUGGUUUGGUUGGGUAUAUUACAAGAAUUAUAUUUAGAUUUAGUUUUUUUUAUUUAUUUAAUGUUUGUUUUAGUCUUGUGUUCGGACUUAUUAGAGUAGCAUACGUGAUAAUGUUGACCAGGGCCAAGGAGGCAAGUUGUAACAGUAUAAAACACUCCCAGGUUUGCAUUCAGGUCAAGUAGACCAUUAGUUACUUUUGCAUGAUACAAUGUAUAGUUCAAUGACAUGCAACCAUGAUCUGUAAAAAUCCAUUCUUUCCCACCAGCAAUUGGUUUGCUGAUCACCUAAUUGUAGUACACUGGAACUUGCUGCAUGCAUUUCUCAUAUUGGUAGCAGUUGGUCAGUAAGAACACCAACAAUCUUAGGGCUAUUAAAGGAAAGAGAACUCAGAUGAAGUCUUUAAGGCUUUUUCGUACACAUGACUGAGAGCCCAAAAGUUACACACCGCAUUUUUUACUUGAUUUUUAUGAGAUAAAAUUAAACCCUGAUCCAAUAUUUCUCUCAGCUUUGUGACAUCAAAGGGGGAAUUUGCAUAUUUAAAGUUUCAUGUGCACAAACAAACCUGACAAGACCAGGUUGUUUUUUAUGACUGCUGUUUUGUGACAAAAGUAACAAAAAGUAUAAAUUUUCAUGUAGAAUGGACUAUGCGUGUACAUCUGCUGGCACUCAAUAAUACAAUUAUUUAACGCAUUUUGGACAGUUUUUUUUUUUUUUUUUUUUUUAUUCCGAGGGGAAACAUCAGUUGCAAGUUGUCAAUGUCUGAACUAAGUACAUAUGUGCUGGGAGGGUGUGUUUUCCUUGGGGUGUACUGUGAAGAACCCUUGCCUUCAAGUGCCGAUGUAUGAUCAACAAUUACACUUGUCAAAAGAGUUUCUGUACUAUGGGAACAUUUUCACUGGUGUUUGGAAAACCAAAUAAACAUCUUAGUUAAAAA